AUGAUCAGAAAUUCAGAUCUCACCAGUUUUGUGUGCUGUGCUGUUUGUAAUAAAAUAGUUCCACCAGCUCCUAUAGGGGACAUCUUCAAACAGAUCCAUGAAUACAAGCCAUUUAAGACACGCUUUUACACUCACAAAGAUAUACUGGAUAUUGGGGCAGAUCUUUUGUAUAAAGAAGAACUAUUUCAAGAGACUAUACUCCAAGAACGCAUUGCAAAAGCAGAAGCUGGUUUGUGGGCUCAGGCCGAUGAACGCCAAAAGCAAGCAGUAGAGAAAGCACUCGAAGAAGCAGAUGACAAACAUAACAUCAGACUUCAGAUUCUGGAAGAGGAACACCAAAAAAAAAUACAGGAUAUAACAACUCAAACCAAGUUAGAGAUGCAUCUAAACAUAGAAGAACAACUAAAGAGAGAUAACUUGGCUGCAGAACAGCGCAUGGUCCAUCGAAUCCAAAGGAUCAUGAUGGAGUGCCAUAAGGAGAAGACGGAGGCUGUGGAGAAAGCCAGGGCCGAGGAGAGGCUGCUGGCCCAGGGAGCCAUCCUGGCCCAGAAAAGUAAGGUCAUGGAGGAAUUCAUGAGUGCUGGUGUGACCGUCGUUAAGGAUGAGAGGAAGAGUGUGAGCAAAAUGGUGAAGGAAAAAGACCAUGAGAUGAACAUCUUAUACUGCAUGGCUCAGAGGCAGAAGCAGGAGGAAGUCCAGGAAGUGCUGCAGGAAGCGGAGAAAGCCCAUCAGGCCACACUUGGAAAUGUGAUGGACAAACUGGUCAACACUCAGGAGGAGCUGGUGUCGGUAGCACAACAACUGGGAAUUAUGACAAAUUGGAGAGAUUUCUUGGAGGAGGAAUUACAAGAAACAAGAAUGGCAUUUCAAGAAUACAUCAAUUUUACAUUUCCUAAACUUUCACCCGGACAUGCGGAUUUUAUUCUUCCAGAAAGAAAGAAAGUACCUUCCAAUCUUACUCUGAGGGAAACAACUCGUAAGUAG